AUGGAGGGGGGGUAUAAAUACCCGGCGUCUGAACCUCAGACCUGUCAGUGCAGAACCAUGAAGACAGCCGGAGUGUUUUUGCUUCACAUCAUGAUACUGGGAUCUGGAUUUGGAUCUUUAUUUGGAACUGGGUUUGGUUUUGGGACUCACAGGAACGAGAGUCAACACUUUCCCUCCUACAUGAUGCGCCUGUACCGUAGCUUCAGCACCAUCCAGCCUCCAUCAUUACCAUCUUCAUCCUCAUCACUUCACCACCUUCAUCAUGCUCACAUGGAUCAGGAACGAGCCAAGAGAGCCGACACCGUCCGCAGCAUCGCACCCAGCAGUUUGACCCUUCAGGACAGAAACUGGAUCACAACCUUCGACCUCUCAGCUUUACUCUCAGAGCAUCACAUCCAGGCCAUCGAGCUGAGGAUCCGUGUCCCCAUGGCGACCAAUAAGUUGAACAUUACAGUGGAAAUACGGCAUCAUCAGGACCGUCUGUGUCCCAAACGGGGUGCGUGUAUGGAGAACCAGUCGCUCGGUUUUCUCCCAGAAUCUUCUCUGAUCAGCUCGUCUAAUCACUGGAGGGUUUAUAACGUCACCUCUUGGUUGCUGCGCUGGAUGGAGAACAACGCACCCUCACAGAAAAGGAGGAGAACCAUGAGGGCAAAAAAAGAGCCGCAGGUCAAAGGUCGCACCCUACCGGUAGGAAAAGUGGGAAACGUGGGGAGCAACCGAGCCCUGCUGGUGGUGUUCUCGUACGAGCGGUCGAAGGAGGGAGCGCAGGAUAAAGCCAGUCUGCUGCGGACUGCGGAGCGCUCCAAAUUCCUGCUGAGCUCUGACAGUCAGGUUCUGAGGAGGGUGAAGAGGCAGAGGGGGCGACGCAAGAACGACAAGAGGAACGAGAAGAUCGAGAAGAUUGAUAAGAGGAACGAGAGAGAGAAUAAAAGCGAGAGGAAAAAUCUCUGCAGGAGGGUUGACAUGCACGUCGACUUUAAUCAGAUCGGAUGGGGCUCCUGGAUCGUUUUCCCUAAAAAGUAUAAUGCCUACCGCUGUGAAGGGUCCUGUCCCAAUCCACUCGGUGAAGAGUUUCACCCUACAAACCAUGCCUACAUGCAGAGUUUGUUGAAACACUUUCAGCCGGGCAGAGUGCCCUCGCCGUGCUGCGCCCCGACCCGAACCAGCGCCCUCAGCAUGCUCUACUAUGAGAACGGAGAGAUGAUCCUGCGCCACCAUGAAGAAAUGGUGGUGGAGGAGUGUGGAUGCCACUGA